AUGGCCUCCAACAACAACAAAACAUUGAAGGGGGGCAGUAGCAAGACGGUUACUCCACAGAAGAUUCAUUCGGCUUCACCAACACCUAAUACUCGACAACAUGAUGCCCUGAAUGCAAGGGCUGCCGCGGGGGCAAGUAGCAAGACGGUUACUCCACUGAAGAUUCAUUCGGUUUUGCCAACACCUAAUACUCAAAAACCAGAUGCCCUGAAUGCACGUUCUGCCACGGCGAUGAGUACGAAUCACAUUACUCCACUGGCAUCACGAAAUGCCGGGGGCAAUAGCAAGACGGUUACUCCAAUGAAUAUUCAUUUGGCUUCGCCAACACCUAAUACUCGACAACAGGAUGCCCUGAAUGCACAGGCUGCCACGGCUAGUGGUAUGCCUGCGAGUGCAAGGAAACCAUCCACAACAGAGUGGCAGAAACAAAGUCAGGCAUCUUCUACUGAUCAACCUAGACGUCAUGUCCCAUCAUCAUCAGAGAGCAAUAGGAAUGGGCAAUCAUCAACAAGCAGCAGUCAAAGGGGGCAUGCGGAGUCUCAUGGUGCCGGAAAACCGAAGUCUGCAGGAACAAAAAACAAGUGA